CCUUUGCAAGUUUAAUUUGUUUGUUUGUUUCUAAGCAGCAUUACGCACAAAGUAGCAAAUACAUAUUUGCACAAAACUUGGCGGAGGAAUUAUAAAAGUAUCAAAGGUUAAAAUGGGCUUUUCAUAGACUGUAGUUUUUUUUUGUCCCUCGGCGGACACCAUCGAACACACCGGCGAUGUAAACAAGCGGUUCCACCACCUUUAAAAGAAUGGGAUUCGCAUGCGUAAACACACUUUGAUCGGGUGUUAAAGCUUUGAAAUGUCUGUUUCACGCAGAGCAGACACUUGGGAAAUAUCUGAAUCUGAGGAGGACACGGACAUCGAGACAAAGCCACAGUUAAACCACGAUGAGAUCAGUCAAUCAACAACAGUCAGCUCUCACUGCAGAGAUCGACCUCUCAGAGAUCAGCAUCCGAGCUCAUAUCUCAAACGAAAAACCUCCCCAGCAACGAGAAGCGGCUCAGACCGAACCCCUGCUUCGCUCCCACAUCAUGGCUCUGACGCACCGGGUCCGGCGAGGAAACGCCGCAGCAGGGAGGAGGUGGAGGCGGACAGAGAGAGAGCCAGGGAGGGGAGGGAGGUAAAGGAGAGGCAGAGAGCAUCCAGAGCCCAGGAGAAGGUGGAGAGGAGGCAGGAGCAGCAGCGGAGGAGGGAGGCUGCGGAGAACCUGAGGAGUCUGAGGCCGGAGAACUGCCUCAAGAGUCUGACUGUCUGCAUAGAUCCAGCUCUCCUGCAGCACGAUGGCUCAGACAUCCUUCUGGAUACUCUGGCUGCCUACGAGUGGAGGUUCAGCAUUGAGAGCCAGCAACAUCCUCACAGCAUCACAUGGACCAGAGACGUACCUCAGGAGGGAGGUAGCUUGGGCUUGCUGGAGGAGAAUGAAACUGUGUUGUUGCUGGGUCAGACUGACUUCCUGGACAUGGUGAUCUCUGUGAAGAAAAUGCUCAACAGUGAAGGGGAAGAAACAGGGAUGGGGUCUUUUCUCAGCCCUCUUUUGGAGCAUCUCAACCGUGAUGCCAAGAAGGUGGUCACUCUCUUAGUGACAGAAUCUCAGCAAGAUUACAGGACAGAUGCUUUUGGUGCACCAUCUGGCCUGGGAAUAGGGAGCAUGGACGUUGAGGAGGUUCUUGUUUACCUACAGCUCUGCAAGAAUAUCUCAGUGGUCUUCCUGGAAGGCUGGCAGGACGUCACUAACCAUGUGUGUGCCGUCACCAAGGCCUUAUCAAAACGCCCUUACAAACUCCUGACAGAGCGAACAGAGCUGCCCUUCUGUGUGGAUGGAUCAUGGGCCAGUGGAGUUCGGGUAGAGAGGGACGGCUCGGGACUGAUUCAGGUCUGGAGCAAACAGAUCCAGCAGCUGAACAGAGUUAGCCCUGGUGUGGCCUCCACUGUGACAGCAGCCUAUUCGUCUCCUCAGCUGCUGCUGCAGGCGUACCAGUACUUGGGGUCAGAGGAGGAGAGGAAGGGGCUGCUGGCUAGUCUCAUAGUAAAGAGUGAAGGUAAAGACAGACGAGUAGGGCCAGAGGUGUCAGCCAGAGUGUACAGAUGCUUCACAGCUCAGAACCCCCAGCUGGUCCUGGACUAAUUUGUCCACUUGAGAAUGACAUGGAUGGAUACCAGCGAGGAUCUAGUUUAUAUUUGCACUUUCU